GUGAAGGAAUGCUUGUCACCUACUCCUUUUAAAGUUCCCAAUCUCCCAAUGCUUCUCAAAGUCUCUUAGAGAGAGAGAGAGAGAGAGAGAGGGUAGUAAAAGCUUUGAUCUUAGCUUGCUCUGUUUUGGUCCGUUCUGUGCCAAUGGAGAGGCAUAGAUGCAAGCUUUGUUUCAGGACUUUUGCUAAUGGCCGAGCUUUGGGUGGUCACAUGAAGGCUCAUUUGACCACCUUGCCUCUUCCUCCAAAGCCACUGCAACUCGUUGAGUCCCAUACUGAGUCGGCCUCGUCUUCAUCUUCUUCAUCUGGUGAAGAGCAAGAAGAAGAUGAACAAAGCCUCAGAGAUGCAGAGGAAAAGGCUUUGGCCUAUGGUUUGAGAGAGAAUCCAAAGAAAAGCUUCAGACUUGCAGAUCCUGAGUUCUCUUUUGCAGUCGAUGCUGGGUCUGUGGUCCAGGAUAGAGAGAGCGAGACCGAGUCAAAGAACCCCACUCGUCAAAGAUCCAAGCGAAAUCGGAAACCGAGUGUAGCAGAGAAUCAGGGCGAGAACUUGGAACUGAAGAAGCCAAAGUUGAGAAUACCCAGUUUGGUCGACUCGCCUGAACCGCUGAGUUCGGUUUCUGAUACUUCUCCAGAAGAAGAUGUUGCUAUGUGCCUCAUGAUGCUUUCAAGGGGCAUAUGGAUGGGGAACAACGAGGAGCAAGAUCAAGAACAAGGUAAACAAGUGCAAAGAUCGGUUCAAGUCAAGGUCCAAGAACCAGAGGAACUGGAGGAGAUUAAAAUUAGGAAGGUUCGAGGGAAGCAUUGUUGCGAAAAAUGUAAGAAAAGGUUUCGAUCUUAUCAAGCUUUGAGCAGUCACAAAAGGAUUUGCUAUCGAGAUGAAGCAGGAAAUGAUAGUAACGAGCGAAUCUUUGAAUGCCCGUUCUGUGACAAAGUGUUUGGGUCUGGACAAGCACUUGGCGGCCAUAAGAGAUCUCACCUCUUGGGUUCUUCAACAGCAGCUGCUGCUACUGCAAAUGCUGCUGCUGCAAGUCCCUUGAAACUUGAAUCAACCGUGAUAGAUCUCAACUUGCCUGCUCCAGUAGAAGAAGACGAUUUUAGUGUGGUCUCUGAUGCAUAAUUAUUAUUAUUAUUAUUUUUUAUCUCUAAGAUCAAGUUUACAUCAAUCUUGCUUUGUUUAAUUGGAUAAAAUGGAUUUCCUGUAGGCGGUAGUUAGAAUAUUUCUUCACCUUUGUUAGUACAUCAAUGCUUUUGAAGUUCCUUUAAAGUUUAUGGCAAUUCAUUUAUUAC